AUGAAUGCUCAAUACCAUACUAAAAUAUCUACUGAACCGAUUGACUGUUCCAGUGUGUUCAAUUUAGUUAGAAAUGCCUCAGCUGGAGCCAUUUCAACAUUUUUCGGCGUAACUAGAAAAGACGAUGAUGAUACUAAUAAUAAGCACGGUGGUGUAAAAGCCUUAAAUUAUGAAUGUUACGUGAAAAUGGCUUAUGCAGAAUUGGAAAAAAUUAUUCAAAAUUCCUACAAAAUUUGGCCAUCACUCAUUCAUGUGGUUGUAUUCCAUAGACAUGGUUUAGUUCCUGUUGGUGAGAUCAGUGUCGCUAUUGCUAUCAGUUCGCCUCAUCGUAAAGACAGUCUCGAAGCUGUAAAAUUUCUUAUUGAUUCAAUUAAAUCACAUGUGCCAAUUUGGAAGAAAGAAAUCUACGAAGAUGGAACAUCGAAGUGGAAGAGGAAUCGUGAGUGUUUCUGGCAAUCUGAAGAAAACAAAUUAGGAUUUAUAAAUGAUUAUGAAAUCAAGAGUGCAAAAUAA